AAAUUUUUAUACCGGAACAGGCUAAGACAGGAAUAAUUGUAUUGAAUUUCAAAAGACGAAAAUCGUACACAUCAAAAUAAAAAGUCAUGGUCACCUCGUCCUCUUGGCUGCGUCGUAAUCUUUCGCCUUUGCUCACUCUCCUCGCAAAAAGCGUCUUGCUGGCACCGAAAGAACAAGAAGUGCGUUGUGGGUUCGCUCUACUCUCGUCUGACAGUGCAGUGCCGGCGCGACCACGAGCUGCUGCACUUCCAGUAGCGUCCUCACUCGCAGCAAACUUCGCAGAGCCGGUCGACCGAGUUCGCAUCUUGCGGCACACUAGCACUGCUACAGCUACAGCUAUCGAACCACAAAGCGACGACCCUCACAGGGCCGACGCGCACUACAUACUGAACCAACAAACAGUUGCACACACGGGGGGGCCUCAAGAGCCGUCGAGAAGUGGAAUUCUGACCUCGUCCACGACGAUAUGAACUGCAAAAGUAUCGUACUCGUGUAAAUGCAUUACAAAUUUUCUCAGCAUGAGAAAUAAAAUUUGUAAUGCUGAUUUGCCUCGACAAAUAAAUUGCAAGACCUGCAUUUAUACGAGUGCGAUACUUUUGCACAGCAUAGACGACCCUCCAGCCCUCCGCCUUCUGCACCAUCGUAACCGAAACCGCUUUAUCAAAUGCAAAUUAUAUGUCUGGCUCUGGAAGAAUGCAAGUUUGUCAUGCUUGUCUGGCAUGACUCGAGAAUCUGUGUUGCAUAGGCACGAAAAUGCUCUCUGUCCUGUCAUGCAAAAAUGCGGUUUGCCAUGCGGAAUACGUAAGACAUGAGAGCCAAAGAAUUUGUCAUGCGUAGCUGCGUAUUGCAGUGCGUCUACCUUUCAGUUUUAGCAUUACAAGUUUCCAGACCCAGACAUAUUUGCAAUCCAUACGCUUUGCCUGACUUUUUCGCGUACCUCCUCACCCUGAACAUCCAUCACCCAACCACCACCGUCUACGUCUUAGCCGACGAGGAGUCGGAGCGACGGACAAAAUUGAUGGAUUUUUUCCCAAAACUCUCCAUCAAAGUCAACUUUGUUAGUGGAGACGACCUACUUCUACCCGCCUCUACUGCGGACGCAGCUCCGUCGGAACAAUUUCAAUUUGCAGCACCAAAGCGCCGGCCGAAGUUAUUCCAAUCCCGCAUGGCCGUUUUCGAGCACUGGUUGUCCAAUCGAAACCACACGGAGGACAGGCGGCUUAUGAGGUUCUCAAACGUUACACUCUCAACUGUUACAUGAAUUUGUCAUGCAAAACUCUCAUCAGCAUCACUAUCAUCAAGCUGCUUCGCAUGACAAGUUCCCAAAGGGCUAAUCAGCAUCUAAACCCGCUGUGCCGAACCUGUAAUGCAAACGGCGGAAUCUUCACCCUUGCACUUUUGCCAUUCUUGCAUUACAAACUCAGGUGCCCUAGUGUGGGUCGCGCUUGUGGUUUCGGUCGGUUUAGCAUUAGAAAUUCAUGUAACAGUUGAGAAUGUAACGAUUGAGAACGCCAUACGGUUGCUGAAUUUUGAACAGUUUCAGAAGUACGUGAAACCGGUUUUGGACCGUCGUGACGGUCGUAUGGCGGCGAGGAACAGAGGCUCAGUUGCAGAUGUUGAUCAUGCAGCGCCCAGCUCUGUCGUGUCUCUUAUCCAGGACGAGAUCGACUGGCACUCUGGCCGCUCGGUAGAGGAGAAGCGGGAGAAGAUCAGUCCGAGGGUGCACAAAGAGCUGAAUUUGUGGUGGAACAAUAAGAUGAAGAUUAUCCGGUACGCCUUGAAAAAAGAGGCAGAAAGGAUGAGACUUCAUUUAGUACCGGAGCAGAUCCUCGCGGCUGAUACUGAUAGUCCUCGUCGCACUGGUCGUGUUCCUCCUCCUGACGUCCUGUACACGGACUGCGACACCUGGUUUUUGAAGCCCUUCGAAAUUAUCUUCAAGGAACGAGAAGAUGCGGAGGAACACCAAGAAGCUGCUGUACUAGGUAGAACUACAUCUUCUGCAACUACUCUUGAAGAGACGAACCAGGACCAGUCCUCGAAAUCGAAUGAAGAACCCCGUGUUGAUCAUCCUGAUCGUCCGUCCUUCUGCAUCCUACCGAGUACAACACAUCUGGACAAUAUGGAUCUGUCAGGAUUGAAAUCGUCAAAGUUGAAAUAAUUUGUGACGCGUAAAACGGAUUAUACCAGUUGGCGCCUAGUUUUCAAGUGGCGCAUGACAAAUUUUCCUGGCCUUUAGAGCAAGUCUGUCAUGCUGUUUCGGGCAAAACAAGGGCUCCCCUCUGUCAUGCUAAUCAGCAACCCAAUUCUGGACGACCCUUGCCAGCACUACAAUCUGCCUCCCUUGCGUCCUCUGCAAUAGAGACAGUCUCGUCUGAGUUGCAUUUUAAUAUGCAUGACAAAUCAUUUCAACUUUGUCGAUUUCAAACCUGACGCUUCCAUAGACAAAAGAUUCCAGAUUCCGCCAAGCGCCCCUGGUGGUGUUAUGUUCGAGGGGACGCCGGUUUGGGUUUUUGGCGACGACAAAGGGCAAAGAAUGUUGGAUUUCUGGGAGAAAGAGAACACGAGACUAGCGGAGAACCUCGUCGACCACUACAUGACAGAUUUGCGGGCGCUCAGAAGAGUGGAAUGGAGGUACAACAGUGUAGAUCAACCUUCUACAACUUCAACUCCCGCACAGGCACACCUCUUAGGGGUCAAAGUCAAUGAAGAUGCUGCAGCUAAUCUUGCAAAUGCAAAUGCGCGUUCGACUCCUAGCUAUGCACGCCCACCAGUCGCCCGUCUGCCGACACAUAGCACGUCGAUUUUUGCUAUCCUGUGCAAAAGCUGCAUCGUAUUCGUAUUGCAAUCAUGGAUGCGUUACAAAUCUUUUUGUUAAGUCAAAUCCGCAUUACAAAUUUUAUUUCUCAUGCUGAGGAAAUUUGUAAUGCAAGUAUACGAGUGCGAUACUUUUGCAAUCCAUAUUUGCGGUGCGCCAUUUGUACGCGGAGUUUGGAAUGAGUUUGAAUCAGAAGGGAGAGUUGAAGUUUAGUCCGAAGAAGACAUCAGCCGGAGCGAAUCACGAAGUAGAAUUUGAUGAUGCAGCGAGGUCGCCGUUUCUGGUUGAAGAAGCCGUGCAGAAGAUGUCGGAAAGAACUACAGAAGCAACUACAGCGUCUAGCACGUCAACCGAUUUUUAUGCGGGGACGGAUCAAGAAGUUGGUGAAACAGAAAUGCCAAACCCUCCUCGACGUCGUUUGGGAAUUUUCCUUCCUCCGGCAGCAAGAAACGACGCCUCACCUCCGAGCAUAACAGCAAUAAAUGACGACCGUAUUAAGCCUCUUGGUCUUGAAAGAAAUAUUCCCGACGAAGCGCAGCUGAUGCACGUGCACAUUCAAAAUUUGAACUACAACACUGCCCACGUUGUCGCCUACCUGCUCACCGUCCUCCACACCGCCGAACGGUUCCGGGAAAUCGCCUGUCUUCUGGCUGUGCUUAGGCACGCGAGUGCUAUUGGGGUGUUGUACCAUCAUGGGUUAUUUUUACAGAUGAUGAACCAGGUAGAACCAUCAAGUUCAAGUACGCAGGAGGAAAGCGAGAUGAAUGUUCUUUUUCCUGCAGACGUGGCCCUAGAUAGUUUUUUCAGAGAUGAACCGGACCAAAAAACAGCAACUCAAAUGGACACAUGUCUGGGAAGUAGAACAAGUGACUACUAUAUCAAAAACGGGACGGAUUCUCUGUACAAUCGCAAUGCACCGAUAGAAGCGUCUCCGACGAGAGCAACAAUAACGGCACACCAGUUACAAGAAGUUAUUCGAACUUUUAUCGCA